CCUUGUAACAUAAAAAACGAUUAAGGAAACGAAAGUAAAACGAAACUACUGCGAACUGCGAAUGCUGUCAAAUUUGAAUGUUUUAUAUUAUUAUUUUAACUCCUGAAAAGCUGGGUUUGCCUGUUUUGCUGGACCCUAGGUCGAAUUCAUAUACCAGUCCUCCUUUUGCUGUCUUUGUCCAUAAUGGCUCUGAAUAAAUUCAUGCACCCGCGGAACCGUUAUAAGAAGGAAAAGCCAAGUUUCUUGAAGUUAGCGUUGAAAUAUCCGGAGUUCAGAGCUCACAUCACGCAGGAUGAUUCGGGGAAAGUAUUCCUUGACUUCAAGGACGCUGACGCCCUGCGUGCGCUGACCACUUGCUUGUUGAAGGAAGACUUUGAUCUUUCGGUUGAGCUUCCAUCAGAUCGCUUAGUACCGACACUCCCUCUGAGAUUGAAUUACAUCCUCUGGUUGGAAGACAUAGUCGGAAAGGAUCCCGGAAAGUGGGGUAUUGACAUCGGCACAGGGGCAAGCUGUGUGUAUCCUUUGCUGGCAGCCAGGAUGAAUCAGUGGCACUUCCUGGCCACUGAAGCGGACCCGGAGAAUUUCUUUCAUGCCAAGAAGAAUGUCGGAACCAAUGAAAUGAAUGACUUCAUAUGUGUGAAACAAGUGACCUCGGAGGAUGCCCUUCUGACUCCCCUGGAAGACUCCCACGCCCUUCACCCCGGCCAGUUUGACUUCUGCAUGUGCAACCCGCCGUUUUUCGCCGACCACAUGGAGGCACAGGCCUUGACCUCCACGCGGUCACCUGACCGGCCCGAGUCGAACUCGGUGUCCACGGCAAGUCCACAGGAGUGUAUAGCGGCCGGUGGAGAGGUGGGCUUUGUACGACAGAUGAUUGAGGAGUCGGCCGUGCUGAGAGACAGAGUCAGGGUGUAUACCAGUAUGGUGGGGAAAAAGACGAGCUUGGCGAAGUUGAAAGAGGAGCUGAGACACCAUCAGGUGUCCAAGUUUUCCACCACGGAGUUCUGCCAAGGGAAAACUAUGAGAUGGGGCAUCGCGUGGACGUUUGACAGCACCGUUGUUUUUCCUCGCUCCCCGUUUGAAGCCAGGAAGGAGAAACCUCCGCUACACUUCACCGUUCCCAAAGGCGCUGGGUCGGUCAGUUAUGAAGUCCACGCGGUCGCCAGCUUCCUGAAAGAGCUGUUACAAUCCAUUAAGAUCCACGUGUUCCAAGGGAAGCAAGCCAAGUCGUACAGCAGCCUCACGCUGACGGCCGGCGAGAACACGUGGUGUCACCAGCGGCGCCUGAGGAGACAGCAACAACGCCUGCAGAAACAGUGUCGGGACGACGCCGGCGGUGGGUCGGACGGGACAUCUCCAGUGAAGGAUUCCUCUCGGUCGGGGCGGCAGGAUGUGGGUCGUCAUACUAGUGGCGGAGCUGGCGUGUCCGGCGACAGGACAGAGAGCGAGUCUGAGGAAGGAAAGUUGGUGAUGACAUCAUCGGACCUGGGGAACAACGAACAUGUGGUGACAUCUACGCAAGGGAAGAAGAGGCCCCUAGAAAAUUACCAGGUUUCUGAAAAAACAGGAUCGGGCAAGAGAAUCAGACGUGAUGAUGACACAGGCUCGAGCCACAACAAAAAUUAUGGAGUGGAUGGUGGGGACGAAACGUCUCAGGAAAACGGAUCACGUCCUGACGCUGGUGAACCAGACAAAAAGAGCUCCGAGUCAAGCGGGCGUGGUGAGGGCGACCAAACAUCAUGUUCCGAGUCAGGUGAAGGUCAGGUCCCGCCGCAGGGGGGAAGUAUUCCUGAAGCUGAGAAAGAUUCGAACCCAGCGGACGGUGACUGCGGUGAGAGCAGCCAGGGGGAGAACUCUGAGGUGACAGCGUCGUCCUCGUCUCUCGUGGAUACCUCCCCCAAGGAGUUCAUCCUCAAGUGCGUGAUGCGUCUGAAGCGAGCCGACGAGCAGGUGCAGAUGGAAUUGGAGUGGUUGGAGGGUGACUCUCGCGAGCUGAUGCACCAACUGUUUACUUUCCUCAAGAACAAGCUCACCACACUCAAGGUGAAGGCGGUGUAGUCUGGUACUGACUUUGGGAUGUCUGGAGAAUGAGUAGAAUGAUUGAAAAAGUG